AUGAACUGUAGGUUUUAUGAGUCUGCUAAGUAUUUAGAGCAAUGGGUGUGGAAGAAACAAGGACAUAACUACAAAUAUUUGCCAAGAAGACACGAUGGCAUCAAAAAGUAUGACUUCGUUGCAGAGAAUGCUGGGCCGGACAACUUCCCUGAGCGGCUUGAUGGUAAUCCGCCAAAGUUAUGGUUGGCAUGGCUAUAUCGCGAUCUAAGGGGUGAACCAAAGUGGGUAGGAGAAAAAGUCAGGAAUCUGUUUGGUGAAGACUUUAAGGUUGGAAAAAUGGAGGUUUUUAAAAACACUGCAUCCGUUAAUCAUGAACUUUGGCACAUUAAGCAUUUAAUAGAUCUGAAGCCAUUAACGUUUCCAAAUGGGGAGCCAACGAUGGAGGACGUAAAAUCGCUGGAGGUAUUCCAUGAUGGCCGUUGUGUUGUCGAUAAAGAAAUUUCCUGCGAGGAUUCUCAAAUUACAGUCAUUGACCGUCGUAAACAAUGGACUCCUGCCGAGCUUUCUGGUCGACUUAGCAGCAGGUACGCAGUCAAUAAAGAUGUUUUCGAAGAUACAGUUUACAAUCCUGCUAACAUGAGCAUAAUUGACUGA